CCUAUGCAGGUUCAUCAUUUCGAGGAAUAUGGACAUGGUCCUGGUGCCCCCACAGCAGUCCUGCCAGUUGAACCUGAGCCAUGGCAUCCAUUCCGAACUCAGAUCAACUUCGAAGUUGUGGAACUUGCCCUUGAAGCAGUGCUGACUCACCAGCAGAUGGAUUGCCUUCUCAACCUCAUCCAUCACAGCAAGUAUGAACAAGUCAUGCUUUGGAACCACAAAGACGUACAAGAUACGUGGGAUGCUGCUUCAUAUAAAUUAACACCUGUUUUUGUAAGGGAAGAGGUGGUAGUGCCUUUCCAGGGUAAUGAUCAGACAUUUCAACUAUUCCAUUGCUUGAUAUGGGACUGGGCAGUGGAUCUCCUUCAAGAUCCCCAAGUUGGUCUGCACUUUGUCUUUGAUGCUGAAUGA